AUGGAAAGAGAAAAUGCGCGAGAAAGGAGGAUGGCGCAAGAGUACGAACAAGAGCCCGUAAAAGAGGAGUCGAUCACGUCGUCCAGACGGAUGAGGGAAUGGAUACGAGAACAGCGGUCAACGGAUAAACGGCAAGCCGUAGUGCCAUCACCUACGCUAUCGCAAGGCGUGUUCACCGAAUUCCUCGUACAGAUGAGGCUACGGGAGGACGAGACGGGGACUCGGCUAUCGGCCGAGCAGAUCAACGAGUUGGUCCGAGCCAUACAGGCCGAUAGGGCCACACGCGACAGGCGGUAUAACGAUAAACCGCCCACACCAGGGCAGGUAGCACCAACGGGCAACGGUUAUGGCACUAAUGAGCCAAUACACCCUAGCUGGGACACGAGGGUGGCGUUACAACGAUGGCGAAACAGCGCCAUUGCCCAGCACGAGUACACUGAAAUCCCAGACCAGGGCAUCGUGUUCGACGAAGACGGCACUCCUAGAGAGCGACCUAGAUCCCAACGCAGAGACGCCGACGGGGGUUCGGCCAAAGACAUGGAGUCAAACCGUCAGCGACGCGUUCGUACUGCUAUUACGGUACCAACUGGGAUACCACCCAAUUCGGGCGCGCUGGGAGGCGGAAAUGACACAUCUAGUCAUCGGCGUCCACGCCAACAUGAACGACACGCCAUACGCCCAUACGCCGACCUACCACCUGUGGGUAGACGAGCCAGAUCGAGAGAGCGAUCACCGUCGACGGACAAUGGUGAUGGUGACGCGAUGAGGGGACAACACCCCAGGGAAUCCGCACGGGUGCGGAUGAAUGAGCCUGAUGAAGUGGACGUCAACCGACGGCACCGUUCGCGAUUGACGUCUGAAGACCUAGACGUAGGCAGACACGACAUGCCUGGACAGUCCUCGUCCUAUCACCGCGCGAUUGAACGGCGAUACCUCUCGCUGAUUAAGGAACAGUUGGGCAAACCACUGAUAUUGCCUAGCGGCGUUAAGCCACCAUCGGGCAUCCCUAAGCCUGAUAAAUAUUCAGGCGAGUCAGAUGUUGAAAUAUUCAACAAUUGGCUACAAUCGUUGCUUAGAUGGCUUCGACUCCAAUUAUAUGGGGGCGACAAUAGAGAUAGCGAAUGUGUCGCCAUGGUAGGGCUAUUUGUGGAUGGCAAAGCAGCCACCUGGUACAAUGACGAGGUGGAUGGCAUGUACCGACGCCAUCAAUCGUGGACGUUCGCGCGAGUCAUAUUAGACAUGUACGACCGUUUUGUACAGCCCACAGCGAUGCAAGACGCUACGGAGCAAUUCUAUGCCGUGGAAUACACCACUGCAGGCGGAGUAAGAGGGUUCUAUGAUGACCUGGACCGUAAGGCCGCCCGGAUGAUCCACUCAGUGGACGCCUAUACGUUUAGGCGGCAAUUCCUGAUGGGAUUGCCAUCAUAUAUACGAAAUGUUAUAAUCGACCGUGGUUAUACGGCGGAACGGCAUCGCCUGAAGGAAAUAUAUCGAGUCGCCAUCCAAGUUGAGGAAGGACAAAUAAUCACCAAGCACUAUGCUGUGGCCAGUUCGAAACGAGCAGCUAAUUCCGCCCAUGCGGUCGGCAAACCGCAUACCGGACCCCGUAAGUUUACCAGGGGAAUGCCACAUAAUGGCAAUGAGUCGAGGCCAUAUUCAAAUGGUCAACGAAAAAUAGACAACCCCAUUACAGCCAAUCCCGUAAUAUACAACGGUAACGCUAAGGUGGAGCGAAAAGAGGAGAGGCCGGCUAAGGGGCCUACCAUUAAUCGUGCUCCUCGGCCUGGCGCGCCCCGACAAGUGAAUUCGGGACCCUCACAAUCGAGGUGUUACGCAUGCGGUAAUCUGGGACAUUUUGCAAGUGACCCCACCUGUCCCAAGCGACAACAACCCAAGAUGUUCGCAGUACGCGAUUUGAGGGACGACGACGACCAGUCGGUAGCAAUGAUGACGCCAGAUGGUGUGGACAAUGCGGGAAGGGAUGACACGGGGGUCGAGGAUGAUCGACCAAAUGAGUACAAUCGAUCGAGAUACUCCUCGCCGACUAGCGAGGACGACAAAUCCCAGAGCGAACACGGGGAUGAACCCGAGGAAGGUGACGACAACGAUCGCAUAGCAGCGAUGAAUGAUGAUUAUGGCGAACGCAUGUUCGCCAUGAGGAACACUGCACAGGAGCAGCAACGCCAAAGUCACCCAACGGAAAACCGAGUUGCAGUCUGGCCACAAGGCCGCAGGUACAUUGCGCGACCCCAGCGAACGAGCGACGAGAAGGCCGUACUAGCUAUGCUAGUAGACAUAGGCGGUGAACAGGCCUUCACAUUGUUCGACUCAGGAUGUACGACUGACAGCCUCAGUCCGGAAUACGCUAGGAUAGCAAAAAUUCCAUACGGCCACCUGAAGGAGCCAGUGCCACUACAAUUGGGCACGGUGGGGAGCAGCUCGAAGAUAAAUUUCGGAGCAGAAGCCACCCUAAAAUUAGGCCCAAUAGUAUCGAAGAUGUACUUCGAUAUAGCCAACCUUGACCGAUAUGACGCAAUCAUUGGGACCCCCACCAUGCGAAAGUACGGAAUAGUACUUGAUUUCGCGGAAAAGUGUGUUCGAAUAGGCAAUCGCACAUUCGACGCACUUAGGGAGGGGGAGGAGACACGCGUCAUGGCAAGAAGGCACUCCAUUCAAAGGAGGCAAUGA